ACCUGGAGUUCCAACCUCCAUAAUUAUCCAAUCCAAGCUGUUCACAUUAAUGAUUAAACGCUUCCUCAUUUUCCAACAAAUUCUUCUACUUGAACACUUGGUCUUCUCCAUUUUCCAUCGUCUUUCAAUCCCCAUCUUCCAUUUCUCACAUUCUCUUGCUCUCCGUUUUCAAAAAUUCUCUCUUUGUUUUUCAUCUAAAAAAUUAUAUUUCUUCGCCCCUCCUAACUAAUUGAGUUAUAAACAGGAUUUACAUCACAAUGGGGAAGAACAAGCAUCACUCUAUAGAUGCAAUUUUUGAAGAAAAUGCAGGGGAAAGCGAUCAGAUAUCCCCAACCCGACAAAACAGCAGAAGUCCUACCAUUAAAGAUCGAAAGCCCACUUCGAAAAUCCUCGAAGCAGAGCAGAAAGCUGGAUCAAAUUCCAAGAAGCGAAAGAGGAUCAGUAAGGAAAAGAAAAAGAAGGGUUCGAAAGAAGAAAUUGGUGAAGUUCAAGUCUUUGAAGAGAUAGGAGAAAAAGAACCAAUUGAGGGGAAAGGGUUGUUUUUCCAAUCCAAUUCUUCACCUCAAGAAUUUGAUGGUAUUUCGGAGCCCAAUUCCAAAUCCCUCGAUGCAGAGAAGAAAUCGGUGUCAAAUUAUUCAAAGAGGGGGAAGAAGAAGGAUUCGAAACAUGAUGAUAAUGACAAAGAGAAGGCUGAAAACCUCAUCCAAGAUGUAGUCAUUGAAGAAGCAGAGCAUGCAGCCCAAGUUGAGGGGAAAUCAGAUCUAUUUCAAUCCACUUCUUCAACUCCAAAGGUUGAUGGUGAUUCAGAAUAUAUGCCAAAUAAUAAAAGUGGAAAUCCCAAUUCAAAAACCCAAAGGGAAGAGCAGAAAGAAGAAAUGAGUUGUGGUUUUGGUCUGACAGGUACAAGGGUGUUUACAGAGGACGAUGAGCUUAUACUGCUUCAAUGUAAGAUUGAUUUUGGAUUAUUACACAAGGUACCGGCAUCAUCCGUUAGUGCUAGUGUCUUGCAUGAGUUUUUAAAGGGAAAACUUCAUUAUGAUUUUAGCAAUAAUCAGAUUAAUGAAAAGAUAAGGAGAUUGAAGGAAAGAUUUGUUAAGAACGGGGAGAUGGUUGAAAAGUGUGGUGGUGAGAUUGCUGCUUCCUUAAGGCCACAUGAGGUUUUGGUGUUUGAGCUUUCAAAGAAAAUCUGGGGUGAAGAAAAUAAUGAGAAUGUUGAGGAUCGGAUAUUAGUCGAGGAUAGCAGUAAUGGGAUUGAUGUGAAGGCUAAAAAGAAGAUCAUCAAUAAAGCGAAAAGGAGUUCGACUCCAGAAUUCGGUGCAAAUGAAGCGGCUGUGGAUGACAAAGAUGGUGAGGUUUCCACGAAGAAGAAAAGAUUGAUGGAGGCCAUUGAAAAGGUUACAAAGAAGAUCAAAUUAUUGCUUGAGCUUGCCCAACUUGAAUAUGAUGAACUGAAGAAGGAGGGAUAGAGUGCUGCUGUUUCAUUGUUCUUGUUUUACUAGUAGUAAAUUUUUGGUGUAUUAGCAAGUCUGAUUAGCUCAAUCGAAUGGAGUAGUUAAUUACCUAUAUAUGCUACUUUGACAAAUCGCUGUUUUGCUGAUUAUGAAGUGUUCUGUGAAUGAUUGAAAGGUAUUAAUUUUAUGUCUGAAUUUUGAUUUCAAGAUCAGGGGAACUGCCACUGGAAGGUUUUCCUACCAAUUGAAGGUUGAGAUAUAGUUUGCAUUUUGGUUUGCAAGUCUUAUAAAAUGUUGUUGUAUUCCUUUCAACUCAUGAUCAUUAUUGACCCC